CACGAGGCUCUGACCAGACAGUAACGCCAUACCAACGUCAAGAAGGGAGCACCCCCGUAUACCCCCACAGCAGCCACGUAGCUCCGUGAAGCAUCACUGCGGCAGGAUGGCAGAUCCCUCGUCAUCGUCAUCGUCAUCGGCGUACCCAGUCCAAGUACGCCAAGCCACCUCGUCCCUCUGCACUCCUCCCUCUCUGCUCGCACAAUUCACCUCUCCCCUCCCUUCGCGCCUCUACUCCCGCCAAUAUGCCGCCUUAUACGACUUUCGCCUCCGCAAACUACGCAGAGGACGCUUGUUGGCCAAGGCUAAAGCAAAGUGGCAGGACACUGAAGAGAGUACGGGUGGACAGGGAAAGCCGACGUACACCGAGAGAAUCUUGGAGGUCAAGAGGGGAAAGGUGACGUACAUUACCGGGAUCGUUUACACGGAGAUGAGGCUCAAGCCGGACGUGCUACAGGACUUGACAAGAGAGCAAUAUCUACCCCCACUUCCGCCCGUCUCCUCCUACUCAGAUCCAACAACAGACCACAUCUACCUCGAAGACGAGUCUGGGCGGCUGAGACUCGUCGGGCCAAUUCUCUCCGAUGAAGCCCACAGAGGCAGCUGGAUAACCGGUACUGUGGGCGCCUUCCUGGGCACUGAAAUGGAAACUGGAGAAUUUCAGGUGCAGGACGUUUGCUGGCCUGGGCUGCCCGAGAGGCAGAGUGGGACCAAGGGACUGGGCGCAAGUGGCGCUGGGAAGAACAAGAAGGUCAAGCUGGAAGAGGACGAGAGCGCGAGGGGGAGCCGGAAAGGCGGCGAGGAAGACGAAUACGUCGUUCUCCUCUCUGGACUCGAUCUCGGCGGGAGCUCUGCAGAAGGGGAUGAAGGCGCAGCGGCUGGCCAGGAAGACUUGGGCUUUGCAAGCAACGAGAUGCGGCUGUCACUGCUGUCAGAAUGGAUCGGAGGCGAGAUUGCACCUCAAGGAGAGGACGGCAAGACGACCUCGCGUAUAGCCGGCGUGGUCAUUGCUGGCAACCUCAUGGCGGUGCAGAAAGCAGACGGAUCUCUCUUCUAUGCUCCCGAUGGCACGACAGCUUCCACCGGUGGUGACUCCAAGGCCUCGCUGAGCAAUAAGAGCGGCAAGCCGACUGCAGCCUCAAAGGCAUCCGCAGCUCUCAACCCUUCUCCACCCUCUGUGCUCCUCUCCCACUUGCUUCCCCUCUCGGCUUCCCUCCCCAUUGUCCUCAUGCCAGGCGCAACAGAUCCAGCUUCGGCAGCUCUACCGCAACAGGGCAUCCACCGAGCCGUCCUGCAAGGUGCAGGUCGAUGGUCUGGCUCUCCAGAUGCCACAUCCAAGAGCAAAGAUGAGGCUGAAAAUGGCGUGAAAGCACCAAGGGAAGUUAGAGGCGGCAUCGAGCUGUACAACAAUCCAUCUUGGGUCCAAUUCGGAUCGAAGAAGAUCCUCGCUACCUCGGGACAGAAUUUAGACGACAUCAUGAAGUACAUCCCCGUCCGUGCUCGCGCAGAAGCGGCAGGCGAGCAACCCAACGGCUCUGCCUCCCAGGACAAAAUGGAUUUGGACAGCGGCGAGGCGGCACAGGAGGGAGAGGGCGCUCCAUCGAAUUCUGCCAACGGAGCGAGCCGAGCGGCUGGAGCCGGAGAGUCUCAGCAGGAGAUGGGGGAAGAGGAGGAGGAGGAAGACGAGAGGCUCACCGCUGCUGGUCGGCUGUUGGAGUUUGGGCAUGUGGCCCCCACUGCCCCUGACACGCUUUGGUGCUUCCCUUUCACUGACCGCGACCCCUUCAUCCUCGACACGACCCCGGACGUCCUCGUCAUUGGCAACCAACCCAACUUUGCCACCAAAAUCGUGCACCACCACGGCCACCAAGGAGAGGGAGAAAAGGAGGCAACGCGCGUAAUCUUGCUGCCACGCUUUAGCAAGACGGGAGAGGUGGCGUUGCUCAACUUGCGUAGCGGUGCAGUGAGGAGGGUCAAGGUUGGGUGGGCCUUGUGAAACAGGGAGGCAGCGCAGGUGGUGGGUGAUGGUGAUGCUGGUCCAGUCGAAGAGAUCAGACUUUUGUGUAUGUACGACAUCUCACCAAUGCGAUCAUCAAGAAAAGUGUGCGACUGACGAAUCUACUAUUCAAAGGGAUAUGGUAUGGCCUCGUCAAGUGAUCCUCUGACGAUCGGACAGAGUUCAAGAGAGACGGGCAGGAUCAUACUGCGACAUGACAAGACAAGACUGGAUAAGAAUACGAAGUGUGCUCACUCAAAGGAGUCUACCACUCUCCCUGCGCCUCCUCUUUCCAUAGAUGAGAGCACGUUGUUGCAUCUCCUCCUGCGCAGCCAGAGCCAAGU